UAGCCAUUUUUUUCAUUUGCAUUCGAACUCUCAGCCCGAUCUAAGCGGCUUCUUAAGAAUGUUAAAAAAAUUGUUCUUCUUCCUUAAUUUUGACUAAUUGACACGGAAUAUAGUGAACAAAAGUUUAAUAUUUUCUACUUUGUGUAUUUUGCAUAGUGUUUUUCAAGUUAGUGCCAGUGUUUGUAUUCGCUUCAAACACUUUGCAUCGUUCGGUAAAAGUUGCGCUUCCCAGCAUUUUACAGUUUCGCAAAAUGUCUGAAGCAAACGGCCAAAAUGGAGCCCCAGCGAAGGGCAAAAAGGGAGGUGGAACCAUCGAACAAAUUUAUCAGAAAAAAUCCCAGUUGGAGCAUAUCUUAUUACGUCCGGACACGUACAUCGGUUCGGUUGAAGAGACAAAAGAGCUAAUGUGGAUCUUCCAGGCCGAUCCCGAGGAUCCGAAAGGCGGAAAAAUGGUCCAGAAAGAAAUCCGUUUCGUGCCUGGCCUCUACAAAAUCUUUGACGAAAUCCUUGUCAAUGCAGCCGACAACAAACAGCGCGACAAAAAUAUGUCGAAAAUCAAAAUCGACAUUAAUGCAGAAACGAACACAAUAUCGGUGUGGAACGAUGGUCAAGGUAUACCCGUUGUGAUGCAUCAGACGGAAAAAAUGUUUGUGCCGACAAUGAUUUUCGGUCAUCUACUUACAUCGUCAAAUUACAACGACGAUGAGCAAAAGGUAACCGGUGGACGAAACGGAUACGGUGCAAAAUUGUGCAACAUUUUCAGCACAAAGUUUGUGGUCGAGACAGCAUCGCGCCAGUAUAAAAAGUGUUUCAAGCAGACAUGGGGCGAUAACAUGUCAAAGGCCGCCGAGCCACGAAUUGCCGAUUUCAGAGGCGAAGACUACACAAAAAUUACAUUCUCUCCGGAUCUUACCAAAUUCAAAAUGGAGAAACUAGACGAUGAUAUUGUUGGCUUGAUGUCACGACGUGCUUACGACGUAGCAGCAUCGAGCAGAGGCGUUACCGUAUUUCUGAAUGGUAACAAGUUACCGAUAAAAGGAUUCAAAGAUUACAUCGAUUUGUAUGUCAAAGACUUUAAAGACGACGUUGGAGCUCCGUUGAAAGUCGUUUAUGAAAACGUGAACGAUCGAUGGGAAAUCGCUAUGACGUCCAGCGAAAGAGGGUUUCAACAAGUGUCGUUUGUCAAUUCCAUUGCUACAUACAAAGGAGGAAGGCAUGUGGAUCACGUUACCGAAGCGAUUACAAAGCAAUUGAUCGAAACGCUGAAGAAGAAAAACAAAGGCGGCAUCAGCAUUAAGCCAUUCCAGGUCAAAAAUCACUUGUGGGUGUUCGUCAACUGUCUCAUCGUCAACCCUACAUUCGAUUCACAAACGAAAGAGAACAUGACACUGCAAGCGAAGAGUUUCGGUUCCAAGUGUACGUUAACCGAAAAGUUCAUGAAAGGUGUCGCAUCGUCUGGCAUUGUAGAGUCCGUCCUGCAAUGGGCUAAAUUCAAGGCACAAACGGUUCUGGAGAAGACUAGCGGCAAGAAACAAACCAAACUAAAAGGAAUUCCGAAAUUGGAAGACGCCAACGACGCUGGAACGAAGAAUGCCCAUUUGUGUACAUUGAUUCUGACUGAGGGAGACUCAGCCAAAACAUUAGCCGUGUCAGGACUUGGUGUCGUCGGCCGAGAUCUGUACGGAGUCUUUCCACUCCGCGGUAAAUUGCUGAACACCCGUGAAGCAACGCACAAACAAAUUCUGGAGAAUGCUGAGAUCAACAACCUCAUCAAAAUUAUUGGCCUCCAAUACAAGACGAAAUAUACGACUCUCGACCAACUCAAACACUUGCGCUACGGUAAAGUGAUGAUCAUGACUGACCAGGACCAAGACGGCAGUCACAUCAAAGGUCUUUUGAUCAAUUUCAUUCACACAAAUUGGCCGGAUCUGCUGCGGCUACCAUUCUUGGAAGAGUUCAUCACACCGAUCGUUAAGGCUACGAAGAAGAAGGAAGAGCUCUCGUUCUUUUCGUUGCCCGAAUUCGAAGAGUGGAAGGCUGACACACCGAACAGUCACACGUACAACGUCAAAUACUACAAAGGUUUGGGUACAUCAACGUCGAAAGAGGCUAAGGAGUACUUCUCGAACAUGGAUCGCCAUCGUGUGCUGUUCAAGUACGGUGGCACGGAAGACGACGAAAAUAUCAUCAUGGCAUUUGCUAAGAAAGCAGUUGAUCAACGUAAAGAAUGGUUGACCCACCACAUGGACGAAUGUAAGCGACGCAAGGAGCUUGGGCUACAAGAGAAGUAUUUGUACACAAAGGAAACGAAAGCGGUCACAUACUCGGAAUUCAUCAAUUUGGAGCUGGUGUUGUUCUCUAAUUCGGAUAACGUUCGUUCCAUUCCGAGUGCGGUUGAUGGCUUCAAACCGGGUCAACGGAAAAUUUUGUACACCUGCAUUAAGCGUAACGACAAGCGUGAAGUCAAAGUUGCCCAGCUGGCUGGUUCCGUUGCCGAACAAUCUGCAUAUCAUCACGGUGAAGUAUCGUUGUGCAUGACCAUCGUUAACAUGGCUCAAAACUAUGUCGGCAGCAACAAUGUCAAUUUGCUGGUUCCAUCCGGUCAGUUUGGUACACGUUUGACUGGCGGUAAGGACAGCGCUAGUCCUCGUUACAUUUUCACCAUGAUGUCGCCGUUGACGCGUCUGAUUUUCCAUCCGCAUGACGAUCCAUUGUUGCAAUAUCAAUACGAUGACAAUCAGAAAAUCGAACCGACAUGGUACAUCCCGAUCAUACCAAUGAUUUUGGUUAAUGGAUGUGAAGGUAUUGGCACAGGAUGGUCCACAAAAAUUCCAAAUCAUUGUCCACGACAGAUUAUUCGCUGUUUGCGCAAAAUGAUAGCUGGUGACGAGCCUGAACUACUGCAUCCAUAUUACAAAAAUUUCCGUGGCCAAAUUGAGGCAGUCGGUGAUACUCGCUACUUUACGACCGGCACUGUGUCGAUUAUUGAAGAUGUAAAGAUCGAGAUUACUGAGUUACCGAUCGGAACGUGGACUACAACGUACAAGGAAAAUGUACUCGAGCCGCUGCUCCACGGUACGGAAAAAGUGAAACCAGUCAUCAGUGAUUACAAGGAAUACCACACAGAUACAACCGUUCGAUUCGUUAUCUCCUUUGCUGCCGGACAAUUCGAUACAUUGGAACGAGAAAUGGGCGGUUUCCAUCGCGUCUUCAAAUUGUCUUCAUCAAUGAGCACAAACUGCAUGCACGGCUUCGAUCACAACAACUGCUUACGCAAAUACGAGAAGGCAAACGAUAUUUUGCGAGAGUUCUUUGAACUUCGUGUUGAAUAUUACGCCAAGCGUAAAGAAUAUCUGGAAGGAAUGUUGACCGCCGAAGCUGAUAAGUUGAGCGACCAGGCGCGUUUCAUCAUGGAAAAGUGCAACGGUACGCUGGUAGUUGAAAAUAAAAAGCGAAAAACGAUGAUCGAUGAACUCAUUAAGCGCGGAUAUCGAGCUGAUCCGGUCAAGGAAUGGAAACGAAAAAUUUCCGUGGAAGACGAAGAAGAGGCUGAUGAACCAGCGGCGGAAGAGGAAGAAGAAUCAGAGCAAUCCAGUAAGAAACCGAAAGCACCUGUUGAUCCAGAAAAAGCAUUCCAAAAAUUGACGGACGUUAAAAAAUACGACUACCUGCUGGGUAUGUCAAUGUGGAUGUUGACCGAGGAACGCAAAAACGAGUUGUUGAAGCAACGAGACAACAAAGUGUCGGAACUGAAUAUAUUGAAAAAGAAGACAAAGCAUGACCUGUGGUUGGCCGAUCUGGAGGCUCUAGAAAAGAAACUGAAUGAAAUUGAAGAGAAAGAACGUCAAGAAGAAUUGAACACCAAUGCAAAGGCAGCGAAGAGCGUUAAAUCAGCAAAGGGUAAAGCAGCAGCUGGUGGUGGAGGUGGACGCAAACGUGCCGAAAAGAGUACCGUAGCUGAUUUGUAUCCAUCAGAAGAUGGCAUCAAAGUCGAGUACAAAUUAACCGACGAAAUUAUCAAGAAGUACGAGAAAUUGGAUGUUGCUGUUGAACGCAAAAAGACAGGCGCAACCAAGAAAACUAAAGGAGCUGCUGGUGACAGUAUUGAGGAGGAACGUGACGAGUUUGAUGACAUUGUGUCUGGAACGCCGGACAAAAAGCCUGAAGUGAAGAAGGAGGCCAAUGCCAAGGUAGCGAAGCAGCCGAAAGCGCCGAAGGAACCCAAAGUGAAAAAAGAGAAAAAGGCGGACGGUCUCAAACAGUCGAAAUUGUCAUUCAAAAAGAAGAAGAAGGGAAGUGACUCCGAAGACGAAAUGGAAGAAGAUGGUUCGUUUGAAGCAUCGCCUCCAGUAAGAGAAACGGCUCGCCGUGCAGCGUCGAAGAAAGUCAAUUACGCAGCUCUGUUGAAGGACGACGAAGAUGAUGACAGCGACAACGACGUGAAAGUGGAUAAAGAUGGAACCGCAAACUUCUCAUCCGACGACGAAUUAUUCGAUAACAACAUUUCCGUCGUCAAUUCGGAAAACAUGUUCGAUUCGUUGAAAGAGGAUAAAAGUGCGGAAACGAGCCCAGAAAAACCGAAACAAAAACGCAAACUGGGACCGAAAAUGGAAACGGCUAAACGACCGAAAAAGAAGAACUCUUACAGUGGUAGCGAUGAUGACUUCGAGGCAUCAAAGCCCAAAUCAAAGAAGAAGAAGAAGGCAAUUAGUUCCAGUGAAGAAAUGUCAGACUCUGAUUCUGAUUUCUAAAUUAAAUUUCUACAUGUAGGCUGUAUGAGCGUUAGCUGUAAGCUGUAUGUCAUUUCACUAAACUUUCCAUUGAUUUAUUCAUUCUUUCGGUUGAGUAAAGUUUUUUUUUGUUGUUUUUUUAUGUGCAAAAGGAAGAAAAAAAAUUUUUUGUUUUCGAGUCGAAUCGCGCAAUUCAUUCAAAUGUUUGAUUUUUCUUUUUAGUUUUUUAAUACAUAAAAAAUGAAUUUGUUUCUACAGAGAUUAUGUUAACCUGAUCGUUCCGGAUU